ACUCUCUCUCUCCUCGUUUGCGUCUCUGAAGCGGGACUCGGCUCUCCGUCCGCCUCCCUCUAAGAGACGGCGCUUCAACUUUCCGAGGACGCAAACACCUCGCCGACUCACGGGCUCCGACAGGAAGACAGACCUCGGCGUCUACUGAGGGGACACAUUACGAGGUUUGUGACGGCGGCGCGUCGCCGUGCGGAGACCUGUUCGCGCGGAAUGACGUCCUCGGCCGCGAAAGUGUGAGAAAUGUCUUUCUCUGCGGGCGACAGCGUCAGCAUCCCAGCCAGAAUGCGCAGCCGGGAACAAGCGAGCGUCACCGUCCUCCGAACAACAUCUGGAUUGGCAACAAUUCAAAGGCCCCGCGGCGCCGAAUGCUGAUUGCCAUCAACUCCCUUACCGAUCGGCACCACGUCUGCGACGAGCCCGCCGCUCCCGCCGCUCUCCCACCCCCCCCCUAGAGUUCACACCACUGACGAGGCCUCCGCCGCCGCCAUGGAGAAUCUCAGUGAACUCCAGAACCCCUUGUUGGACAAAAACAGUAAGCACAUGGUCAACGGCUACGGGGGCGACAUCCCAAAUAAUCAAUACCAAGAAAACAUUAUCAAUUACUUUGCCGGCAGAGGAGGUGGAGGUGAGGGGGGAGGAGGAGGAGGAGGGGUGAAGGUGACUAACAGCAACGUUGUGAGCGGCGGGGGGCUCAACGCCAACGGGAAGAUGAAGUCGCAGCAGCUCCUGGACGCCACCUCGCUGCAUCUGGCAGUGGAGGCCUUUUACCGGCCCAACUUCAUCCUGUACAAGGAGGACAGCGGCAGCAUCAAGGCUAAGGAAUACAAAAGCGAGUGCUGCGAGACCACCUUCACGGAGAAGAAGGCCAAGGAGGCGUCCAACGCGGCCGGGGCGGAGACGCCCGGCGCCGAGGACCCGCAGGCCAAGCUGCUGGAGGACGGCGAGCACGUCAAGAUCCAGACCGUGUCCUAUGAGGUGGAGGAGGAGGAAUACGUGGAGUAUGAGACCGACUGCUCCAGCGACAGCGAGAGCGAGGACAACUUCAUAGUGGUUCCACCCCGAGACCACUUGGGUCUGGCUAUCUUCUCCAUGCUCUGCUGUUUCUGGCCUCUGGGGAUUGCAGCGUUUUACUUCUCACAGGGGACCACCAAGGCGGUGAACAAGGGGGACUUCCCGCUGGCGAACAUCGCCUCGCGACGGGCCUUGUUCCUGGCCGCCCUCUCCAUCACUAUAGGCACCGGCGUGUACGUCGGGGUGGUGGUAGCUCUCAUCGCCUACCUCUCGAAACCAGGACACAUAUAGCGGGCGGACGCGCCCCCCGGGGAGAGAACGGGCCCCUCUGGGGAACAGAAAGGCUCCUGCAGACUUUGAGGAAAAGUUUUGGAUGUACAGCUUUUUUUUUUUUUCCUCCCGUCCUUUCUUUUGUUUCAGCAUCUGUCCCUUCAGACCCUCCGUCAGCCAAGAUUAGCCACAGUGACUGGAGCGAGGUCAACAUGGAGGCUAAGAGAACGGGGAAUUGGAGAUGGACAAAGGUUGAGGAGUAAUGAAAAUAUUCCGUGCCGGAGCCCAGUUGGCAUCUCAUUGACUGAGACUUCAUCCACAUUGUUUCUGGUUUUUCACUUUAAACAGAAAGACGACUUGAACUUCUUGAACCCAAUCAAUAACUAAAGAGCAGAGUGUAAGAAAUCUCGACGCCACUCAUGAACUAAUUAUGUGUUGUUGUUGCAACGGGAGUCCUGUCGCUCGUCUGCUGCGCUCGACCCCCGGGGACCGUGUGUCGCGGAAGAAGACCAUCCAUGAAGUUCGUUUUAACUGUGACGGAGGAGGGCUUUGAAUCACGGAGAACGAUUUCCAUCAAAAGAUACAACUCGAAGAGGUUUUCAAAAAGAAAAACUAUUAAAUGCAAUCAGUCAUUCUGUGAAAUAUGCAGCGGCAUGAACAACGAGAGGAGCCUCAGGCCUGUAUUUUCUGUCCGUCCAUCAAACACACCCUGAAGUCGAACAGAAUCUCUUUGUGUUACAUAAAGUUUGUCAACAUGUGUUUGUGAGUUUUGUCUUUUUUGUCUGUUUCCUGUUGUUUUUGAAAGCACCUUGAUUAAUCUUGUAGCCCAUCGAAGCGGCCGCGGGGUCAGAAAUUCAGGGGGGGGAAACCGCAUCCGGUGUCUUUUUUUUUUUUUUUUUUCUGCCUCUGGGAGCGCGUUGUGCAGCGAAGCAUCCCCUUCGCAGUGGGUGAGGAAGGUAUAAAUCAGGUGGGUAAUGUUACUAAAAGGCAGGUCUUACAUAUCCCCCCGGGUGCUGCACGUACAAACAAAGUGUAGCAGUCUGGCAGCGUUGAAGUUAGUCAUAAUAAAUUAUUCUCUGCAUGACUCGAGCGAUGCCAGCCGUGUACCGCUACGCAUGAUUGAUUGGAUUUAGAACUUGUUUCUGUCAGAUCAUAAAAAAGCUUAAAUUAAAAUUGAUCAGGCUUGCGAAGGGGCUCGUAUUUUCUGCAAUACUUUAUCUCACAUUCGUCAAUUUCGACUCCUGGGACGUUCUCGCGGUAAUAAAAACGAGAGGCGGGGAAACGCGCGGGGCUCGUAAUUAGUACAGUUUGGGCUUUUAUUUUGGAGAUUAAGAGACAGACAGAUGCUGGUUCACGCGGCGACGCUUCGGGCGGUGACACGCGCUUGGUUUUUCCCCCCGCGCAGGUUCCGCAUUAGUCAUACCUGACAUUUACGGUGCACAAUUAGCUCUCCGUAAUGGCUUUUUCUGAAGGAAUGCGUACUCUCCGGAGCACAGCCCUAAAAUAGCACGGCCACAUAAAUUCUACUAAUAAGCCACUUUUGGCAUCACUGGUUGCUGUCAGACCCUGCAAGUAAACAAUCCAUUCACACGUCCCCGGCUUUGUGGAACAUUUGAAAAUAAAUAUGAGUCGCUGCGGUUGCGCUAACGAAGAGCGAGGAUCACAUAUUUGGUGAAACAAAGGUGAGACUGAGGUAUUAUCUUUGAUUUGAAGCCCACGAUGUCUGGCCUUAUGACCUCUGACCCCCUGGGGGUUCAUGAGCUGAGAUUUCUUGUCAUGAUCAUCACUGUAACUAUCCUGAAAAGCUCUGUAGACUUCCAUCUCCUGGAGGAAGUUUUUUUAUUACUAGUAGUGAUGAACAUGCUUUGUGUUAUGUAGCGUGCCAUUCAAAUGAUACCUUCUUAAACUGGCUUCUUUGGGAACCUGGUAUUGUGCAAUGUGUUACAACAGUAUGUGACUUCCAGUGCUGCUGUUCCUUCUCCUCAUUGUGAUGAGCUGACGUACUCAUCCACGCAGAGGGGUUAGCAAAGUGCACUCCUCAAUGCCAGGGUGUUAAUGCUCCAUUGUGUCCUGCUGAAUUAAUGCAUUAAAGAAGCUGUUGUUUUUGUUA